AGAGAAUAAAAAAAUCCGUGUUAGACUCCAGCUGGUAUCAGAAAUAUGAAUGAGACUAAAAAUUGCAAUGGACCCAGAGAAUGACCUACUGGAGCCUCCUGCUGAUAAAACCGGUCCAUUUGGUGACCUAGACAGUGAUUAUGAUGAUGACGAUAGACGAGAGUUGAUAAGCCAUUAUGCCAAUGAAAAAUAUCUCAGUAAAUGGGAAGAGGUUGAUGAUGAGGAGUCACAACAAGAGCCAUCAAGCACUUUACAUGUUCAUAUACCAAAUAGCUCUAAUAAUGAUUCACAGUAAGUAAUACUUUUUAGAACUGAACAUUGUUGUUAUGCUUAAUUGCUACUGCUAGGAUCACAUUAGAUUAUCGAAACACUUGACGUACCUGUAGCCGUGCAGGUUCAGUUGGGUUCGGCCCUGUGUACAGCUUAAGCUUGCAGUUGCUGAGCUUCAUUAUGUGGGAAAGGAUUGCACUUUUAGAGUCAAACCUCCUUUGUUUUAAAUCAAAAGGUUCAAUUUGUCUAAUGUUAGCCUCCUUGACCGACACAAUGUACACCAAAGUCAAAAAAAGUCAAAAGUUCAUGUGUAAAAUAUGAAACUAUCAGUGUCUGUUGGCCUCAGACAUUAAUUUGGGCCAAUGUGUCGGUGAAUUUUUCUCAAUUUUUGGGAACAUUUCUAACUCAGAAACAGCUUAUGUACACUUUCUUUUAAAUGCUGUGAUAUAUUAAGUGCAAAACGUCUUCUCAAGGUUUAAAAACGCCUCUGAUAAAUAUUUUGUGGAUCAAACACAAAUCAGGCCAGGUGUCUCAAGCUGUCAAAAAGUCACACACUUUGCAUGCAAACAUAAUUAUGUUUAAAACCCUUCAAUCUUCAGUUAUUACUUGGUGGUAAAACAUGCCAUGUUGCUGUCUCUUAGAGCAUGUUUUUCCAUCACCUGUCUACGUGUAGAUUUAAACAAUGACAAUUUGAGUCAUUGGUUAAUAUCUCUCUGUGGCAAUCUGAUAUUCUAUUAUACUGGUACAGUGUUCUCCUUAUUAAGCCAUAACUGGUAAAAUUUACCAUCUGAAGUAACACUUCUUACCGCCUGUAACGGCUUGAAGGUUUACUAAAAUUAAAUAAGUUGUUAUAAAAAAUAGGCAAGUUGUGAUCUCAAGUUGUGAUCUGAUCCGGUCAAGGUAUAAAUGAGUGAAUGUAUGGAAGUGUACUAAAGUAUACACAGCUUUUCUGUUUAUGGGCCACGCAUUUUGGAAAGAGAGCAUUGCAAACAGAGUAAAAGUAUUGGAAUCAAACGUUUUAAAUUGUUGUCUAAAGACAACAACGGCUGAUUUACGUAAAAAAAAAGGUUUUAAAAUGAGGGAAUGACAUUUCAGAGAACUUGGCUCCUAAAUUUCACAGCAAGGCUGUAGCCAUGUCAAUCACCCCAAGUGCUAACCCACUCGCCUUACUAGUCAUGAAUGAUCCCUUACCUGCUGAGCUAAAAUUUAGGCAGAACACUGCUGGUCUGAAGCCCAAUUAAUUUAUAAUAUACACUGUAUUGAUCGUUUUCACAUUACGUCAUGGCGGCCAUAUAUGUGUACAAAACAAUGAAUCGGUGGCCAUGUUUGUGUACAAAAAAAAUGCUCUGGGAAUUGGACUCUUUUCACAUGUUAAAACUUUCUUUUAUUCCAAGCAAUUUGCAAAGCUGCUGACCACGUUAUUGAAACGAUCUAUAUUCUGUGUUUCAGAAAAAAUCAGACAGGGGACAGUAAACUUGGAAAAGAUCAUCUAGUUGCCAUGCCCUUUGACUAUGACAAUAUGUCACUUAUGUCAUACAACAGCAUCAGGGACUGCACCCCAUCAGCUACCCCAAAGACUACUCCUACAGGACAGUGUUACCCUGGCCAACUCCCUCAGUCUACUUAUGAAAAUUUACAGGUACACGUGCUGGGUGUAACAUUUGUUCUCCUAUGCAGGGUGCAAAGAAAGUCAGAUGAGUGGGACUUACUUGUGUUAGGUUUUAAGUUCAUCAUCAAUUUGAUUUAUGGUGUAAAAGUAAUUAUGCCACUCUUUUAGCACCAAAAUGAUCACAGUGAGACGGCAGAUGUUGGUCCCCUAAACUUUUAUGUUAAAAAAGAAUAGCAAAUUAAUACAUAGAUAAAUACAAGUACAUUUACUAUCUCACUAUACUAUUGCUUGAGCUGAAAUUGAACCAGGGGAAAAUAUUUAACUAUUAGUAGUUUGCAUUCCAGAUUAUUAAUAUAAAACUUUACUAUGGAGAGCUUGUCUGUUUGUUACAUAAACUUGUACCCCAGGCAUGUUUAAAAAAAUGUUGUCUGAUGACCCUCGUAGUUGGUUUACUACUUCUGAUUACUACCAUUACUGUCAUUGCUUUAUUCAGUCUCCUCUUUUUUUUUCGUGUUAGAGACCUUUAGAUUCAAGGAUGAGGAAACUUCUCCCAUUUGCAAAAUGAUUGAUAACCUCACUAAAACCGGGUGUUUCUUGAUGUUGUGGAAAGUAUUGUUGAUAACUUAUCACCUGGCUUAUGGUGUUGUAGUGUGCGAAUUAUCCAGUGCCUUUUCAAUCGUUUGUAUUACGUCAUUUGGUGAUGUCACCCUUCCACAACCCCAAGAAACCACCCUAAAACCCGUAGUAGAAUGACGAUAGUUACCACUUUUUCCCGUCAAAAUAACGCUGGUUCACGCGCGCAUUACUUAGUAUUGAGAACUUCUCGUCCUCGUAGCCAUCCUCGUCUUAGAAUCCAGAGGUGUCUAUUGCCACUUCUGCUGCUCUGUGACUACCAUGAUCAUCACCACUCCUACUAAUGUUGUCACUGCAUACUACCACUGCCACUGCCACUGCGAUCACUACUAGUACCAAGUUUUCUAUGGCUACCAUCACCUUCUGAUGACUGUAACCGCUGCACUCGUCACUGCUUUUAUUACUCCCUGUCGUCAACUGCAAUGCUGCUGUCAUUACUGCUGCUUUCACAUCUGGGGUACUGCUGUUUCUGCCACUUCUACUGCUGCUGCUGUUGCACUGCCACUGCUCCUUAGCGUAACUUAAUUUAGCACCUGUCGCCAAUUUUCGGCAGGGUAACUGCAACAACGUGAAGCCAUUUAUUACUUAGUUCUUGCCUGGUCUACUACCAGUGAUUCACAAAUUUUGGGCCAUUAAUUUUAGCUUUGGAAAGGCUAUGGAGGCAACAUAUACUUCGAUGCUGUCAGAUGCAAGUCAAUGAGAAUCAACAGCGCAAAAUCAGCAACUACCAGGAAAGAAGACCGUGCAAAGAGAUGGAAAUCCAAGUCGUGUUCUCCUUUAAAGAGGAAAGACGAGCGACAAGCUCACACGACUUGUAUUCCCAACACUCAUGAGGAAGUCCCUCUUACGUCAGUCCACAAUUUGGGUAGUCUGCGGGUGAGGUCAUGCAAAGAGAAAAAAUGCAAAGUGAUUAACUGCAGGCAUAAGGACACAAUAAGACCUUUUGCGGGAAAGAUCGCGAAGGGUUUCAGUGAGAAAAUUGUGAAAGAAACAAUUCAAAAAGUUCAGGAGGACUACGGUAACAGUUUGCCCAAGGAACAGUCUUUGGCUGUUUCUGGAGGCCAAGUUAGAGACCCAGUUGUAGAUCCCAUUGAGAAAGUGCAACAGUUUAACACGCAGCACGGAUUUCCUGCACUGCUCGCGGACAGCUCUUUUUUCUCGCAUCAUGGUGAGACCAAAAGUUCACGUGUUGCUUCAGGUGACAUUGACCCCUUUAUAAAACUUCCACUCCUUGGGAAGAAUGGUUGGAAGCAUAGACUGAAUGAGGUUGGUUCUGGAGUGUCAGAUGAAGGGAAUAAGUCUGUCAAUGAACCCAAACCGGUGUUCAUUAUUCCUUUUGGUGCAUUUGAUGAUCCAGUAGAUGCCGACUCAGAUUUGAAACGCAAAAUGGACACAAGAGAGAAAGCGUCCAGUAAAACAACUGCAGAUGGAACAGAUAUAUCAUUGGGCAAUACAACAGACGUAGGCAAUCACUCAGAAAGGCUUGAUAGCAACUUAAACAUUUCGAGUGGUAACAACAAUAACUUUGCUGAAACUGCUACCUUUAGAGGCGGGGAAGGUAGUGAUGGUGUAAAACGUGAAGUCCCUUCUUCCGUUUCAGCAGUCCAUGAUGAGAAAUCGCCGAGAAAAGGAAUACCUGACUUUCACUUAAAGAGAGAAAUAAGUAAUCUUUCACUGAGUAAUUAUCUAAGGGCAGUCCCCACACCAAGAUCUCAGAAGCAUAUCAGACUGACCUCUACUCAAUCAACUCUGGUGCCAAAGAUGAGUUAUACGAAAAGGUCUCGUGCACUGCCUACAUUUUACAUGGUGAAUAGCCCGCUACAUCAUGUUCAUCACUCGGAGGUAAAUCAGAGGAUGAUCGGCUCGCAAGUUUAUGGAGGGUAUUAUCCAAGCACUGGGAGGAGGGAGCCCGCAAUAUUUUACGCAGAAAUAAGCACGUGUAAGGAAGGAAACUCGCUAGUUAGCAGUAGUAGUGCACAGAACACCAACCGAAGGACUAAGAGCUCAGAUAGUCAUAGAACCAGUGUAAACUCACCAAGGCUUCCAAAGCACACCCCUCUAAAGGCUAGUUAUGUUUCAAGAAACUCAUUCUCGCGUCAGAAUUCUGAACGGUCACCAAGAGGCGAUGGAAGACUAAGUAGGUCUGAAAAUAAUUUGCUUCCAGUGACAGGCCAGCAAAUUUCUAGGGUUAGUGGGGUUCAUGAUAGAUAAUAUCAAAUUUAAAUAGCCUGUCACUUGUUCCUUCUAAGUCUGUUAAGUAAGUGUUAGAAAUAGUAAUAAGCAAAGGUUUGUUGCGGGCGACAACGAUCGAAGUUCAAAACGCUUUUGCCCCAGCGCUGUGCUUUGCCGAAGUUUCGCGUGACAUGUAGUCAAAACACGCGUGAUCAGAUUACGAGUGACAGAAGGUUCAAACGCGUGUGAUCAAAUUGCGUUAUGUACAUUCCAUACAUUCUUAGUGGAAGUCCAAAUGAAUGCUGGCUACUCGUAUAAACAUAAAAACUUUCUUUAAUUUUCCAGACAUGUUUCGACGGUACAUCCGUCAUCUUCAGUGUUACAUAUCAUAGUUUUCAAAAUAUGCAACACUGAAGAUGACGGAUGUACCGUCGAAACAUGUCUGGAAAAUUAAAGAAAGUUGUUAUAUUUAUACGACUAUCUAUAUUGUUGCUGCUAUCUAGACCUAAUGCUGACUACAUACAUGCGACGCAUGCGUAAUAACAACCUGGAGAUGGAUUGCGGGCUCCUCUUGUAAGCGAACCUCAGGGAUGGAAAUGGCAGAUAUCCACAUUGAGACCAGAGAGCUGCUCGCAUGGUGCUUUGAAAUACGUAUUCAAGUAAUGCAAAAUUUAACUACGCCGUGAUUUACAGACAUUUAGGUUUAAGGCUUGUACUCUUACUAGCGCGGAGAGGCAAUUGUUUCACUCUUCAAUGGAAAUGCAGACGUUUAUGAAAACAAUAAUUAUUUUGAUACAUUUCAUUGGACAGACAUAUAGACAACAGAAACUAA